CGUGGGGGCAGCGGCUCCGCCCCGGGGCCGCCCCGGCGCCGCCUCCCUUCCGGCGGCCGCAGCGGCGCUCCCGCCUCUUCCUUCACAGCGCGCUCGGGCCCUCAGCAGCGACCGCGCCGCGGCCAUGAGUGAGGCAGAAGUGAAUCCCAAAGCUUACCCGCUGGCUGAUGCACAGCUCACCAAAACGCUGCUGGAUCUUGUGCAGCAAUCCUGCAACUAUAAGCAGCUACGCAAGGGAGCCAAUGAAGCCACCAAAACACUGAACAGAGGCAUAGCAGAGUUCAUUGUGAUGGCAGCAGAUGCAGAGCCCUUGGAGAUCAUCCUGCACCUCCCCCUUCUCUGCGAGGACAAGAACGUACCUUACGUGUUUGUGCGCUCCAAGCAAGCCCUGGGCCGGGCAUGCGGCGUUUCCCGGCCUGUCAUCGCCUGCUCCAUCACCAUCAAGGAGGGAUCACAGCUAAAGCCUCAGAUCCAGUCUGUACAGCAAGCUAUAGAAAGACUGUUGGUCUAAGUGCCCAUGAGUGUGUGUGUUUGAAAUAGAAAAGUGCACAUUAGGGGAAAUUAAUGUUUAGCUUCAGUUGAGAUUAUAGUUUUGAUAUCAAUGUUUCAUUUCAAAAUGCCAUAUUUUUGUUUAAUAAUGGCUUAAUUCUUAGUGUUUCCACCUUCUAUCCCCCCCACUUUUCUAUUAUUCCACUCCAACAUUUUCAUUCUCAUUGUAUUACUUCUUGAAAAGUGACUGUUCAACUGUGUUUCCUGUUUUAUUUUUAGAAGGAGGACAGAAAAAAAAGUCCCCCCCCCCUUGUCUUCCUGUCUGCCUGCUCAGGGCUUUUUUAUCCCACCCAUCAGCUUUCUCUGUGGUGCAGUAUUUCUGCUUAGCUUGAGCCUCCAGCAGGUGUGAGUUACUCUGUGUUUCUGAACGGUUUAGGCUGAGGAAAAGGUUCCCUGUGUUCAGGCUGCUGGAGUCUGUAAGUGAUGGAGCAGGCAGGCAGCAGCUACUGUGUAGCAGCAGAUGAAGCCAAGAUCAGCACCGCCCUUAUUCUUGAAACCAGACAAGAGAAAACUUCUGUAAGAGAUGCACAGCAAGCAGAAAUCUUAUGGCAGUACACAAGGGGAACUCUCUUAACUUGAUUAUUUUUAAAUACUGACUUUUUAAGAAAAAAUAAAAAUGCUGCAAGGCUAAAUACAAUUGUGAUUCCCUUGGUGAAGUAUUUGCAACUAACUGGAGCGUUUCUGCUUGUCAAGCUAAACUGCUCACAGGCUGCCUAAAGGCUAUUGCAGUGCAGCAAUUAAUUCUCCUUCAGUUUCCUUUGUAUGGACUGUUGCCACUGAGGCUGGGCUCCCUAGAAAAGUUAAGUACAAUAAUACGUGGCAGAGAGCAGCCUGUUGUGGCUGAUGAGUACCCUACACCUGGCUGUUAAUUAUAAAAAGUACCAUGCUUUUUAGGUACUGCACUCUAGUCACCUGACUGAAGACAAACCCUUGUAAGUCAUGGCCAAGGAAACAGAGAACAAGUAGGUUUUCAGAUAAAGUAAUAUGUGUCUCAAGAAGAGAAUGCUGAAUCAUCUCAUGUCCUGGAAAAGCAGCAUGGAGCACCAACAGCAGUGUGGAUUAGUGGUGUUUUUAUGGAUAUAGUUUUAGUUAAAUACAUAUGGUGUAAUAAAUGCACUUCUGCUCUGA